AUUUUCCAUUCACUGUAACAAGCAUACGGCGUAAUCUAGAACAUUGGAUUUUGAGUUAAUAAGACAUUUCACACUACUAUCUUCAUUCGCACAAUUGUAAGUUUAUGCCAUCCAUUCAAUGGCCGAUUUCAGAUUUGCCAGUGCCUGUGCUUCCAGCUCCUUCCCGUCGUAGCCUCCCUGAAUCACUCGCACCAUCAUGAACGCUGUUCAAGACAAGGUAGACAAUGAAUUGUGGAAGGAAGCGGCAACCUAUGUCGUCGACAAGGGCAGAUACGUCAGCAUUUCUCAACUACAGAGAGAAGAGAAAGACGACGACUGUUCAGACGACGAGGACCGAAGAGUUCUAUACGGGCUUGCCCUCUCUAUUAAAAAGCCCAAAAAUGAAGGCGCGAAGAAGAUGCAGUACCAGAAGCAGGGGAAAACUCUUAAUACGUACAGCAGGCUGGUACUACUGAGGGAAAUUCAAACAGGCGCAGGCUUCUACGUCAUCGCCCCCUAUCCGGAAGACGCCUUCCACUUGUUCAGGUUCCCCAACAUUCCAUUCCUUGGCUCAUGGGUUGCGAUUUAUGAACCGCAAUCAAGUGGAACCAUACACGGCUUACCUUUGAUAACCACGAGUACUUCACUGAUUCCGAUAGAAGUGUCCUCGGAUACUAGUGAAAUCCGCCUCACCUCAAUCCUAGAUGCCACGACUCUGAAGGAACCGGUCAAAACCUUUCUGCUGGAAGUACCAGCAAGUGACGUACGAUUGGGUAAAAUUGGUUUGCCGACGGCUUGCACAGCAAUUAUGUGCGAUUCGCUGCACAAGUCUUCGCCGACAGACCCCAGCAACAACAAGUGCCCAGCGCUCGUCGGAGGCCGCAGCGACAAACGCUGCCUCACGUGCAGCGUUACUAUAAAGGGUUUCCCUAUAAAGAGGUGCCCCUAUAGCAGCGAGGCCUUGGCAAACUUGCUGAUUUCCAAGGAGGUUUUGCAGGCGGAGAAAGUAGAUAUAGAUCAUAUCGGGGAAAAGGUCAAGGAGUUCGUCCGCAAGCUCGCUGAAGCAGGAGCUAGCUUCAUCUGCGCUGGCUGGUUUAAGCACACAAUAACUGCGUCGGCCGAAUCUGGUGAAGCGCCAAACCAACGCAGAAACGUCCACAUCUCAGUCUUGAGACCAAAGAUUAUGCCACCAACGAUUGGCUUAAUAACUCUGGAUGAAGCAAGAGAAACCUCACGACCUGCGAAUCCUCCAAGAGCAACGAUGAGCCGAGCCAUUGUACAAACUCUGAUGCCGAGAUACAUGACGCCAAACCAACCGCGAGACGACCACUUGAUAUCCAGCGACGAGGACCCCAUGGCAGGACCAAGCGAUGUUCAACGAAGUAAGAAGGCUAGAACUGAUGCAACACCGGGUAUUGUUCUGUCUAGAUUCACGACACGUCGCACCACGAAUACCACCACCUUAGAUGCUCAGGACGAGAUCACCAACGAAGAAAGCGAUGCAGAUAAUGAAGUGCCUUCGGUGGAAGAAGAGUGA